CUCCGCAACCGUUCCUAUCCGCUCGUGUCCUCCUCGGGUUGACGUCGUAGGCGCGAACUCCGAGGAUAGUGCUCGAAACUGCACCUGCGCAAGCUCGCGCGCCACACUAGCAGCGUCAUGCGGGACAAACAGGAAGAGGAGUUGUCGACGGAAGCGACUGAUCAGCCGAAUGGUGACAUUACCAAGGGUGAAUGCGAGCCACUGCAGCCUCAGCAUCAGCAGCAGCGCAGCAAGACAGUCUCCGGCACGGGCUCUUCCUCUGGAGACGCACCUGAGGCACCGUCGUGCGAACUGCGCGAGGUGGCCAGCCAGUUCGUGUGCGAUCUGAUCCACCGUGCCCGCGAGGUGGCGCAGAGGCAGCAGUUCCGCAUCGACGAGGUCGACGAGGAAGACGAAGAGGAAGACCCCCCACCGCCCAGGAGGCUCACCGACAUCACGGCGGGACCCGUCAAGACUCCUCCCGAAAUCCAGGUGGACCUGGUGGGUUCCCGGACGCCCAGUCCGGAAGAGGUGGUCACGUACAUUGUGCCCGAGCCGUCGACGAGGAAAAAAGUGGUGGUCCUCCACGAGGAGCCGUCGGAGAGCGAUGGAGAGACCAGCACCGAUGCCAGUCCGGACAGUUCCCCGCACGCCAAGCUCAUUUCCGAACCCCCGUCGCAGCAGCAGGACUGCCAGGCCAUUGCCGAUCUCAAGAACGACCCGGAGCUGCGGGAGUUUGCCGUCGCCUACAUUAAGGGGAUCCUGGAGCAAGCUCAAGUGCUCGCCCAAGAGAGGGCUCCGGAAAAAGCCGAGGAGCUUGUGACAGAGAACACGGCGUUGAAGAAGGCUGCAGGGCCCUGGUACUCCCGCAUCCGAGCCGCCGUGACCCGCUGUCUCCGCACCGGUUGCCUGUGCGUCGUCCGGAGGCAGCCGCCGCCCUGAAGCCCCCGCUCGUCCUCCCAUUGAGCAGCAGCUGUCGCGUGUGUAAACUGCCGGCGAUAUCCUC